CAGCGUGUAAACCGAAUUUUGACAGCCGGCUUUUAAAUUUGUUGUUAUUUAUAAUCUUGCGUCGUGUGGUGCCGCCAAAUCCAGUUGAAAAAAUUCCGGCUCUUCAAUGGACCAUUCCAACAGCUCCCCGCCGACCCACACGGUCUCCUUCCCGGACAAGAUCGUCGCGUUCGAGCUGUCCAGCUACGAGUGGUCCCAGAACCUGCUGUGCGUGGCCCUGCCCGACAAGCUGAUGCUCGGGUUGAUACGCUUUCCGGAGGAAACCGAUUCCGAAUGCCUCGAGUGGAACCAGCUGAAGGAGGUGCACCACGAAACACGGUGUCACGCGGUCGCGUUCGCUCCGGAGACUUCGCUGGCGGUUCUGCCCAAGGUGGUGACGCUUUGUACGGCCGGGGCGGAUUUCAACCUGCGCAUCUUCAACAGUGACCUGGAGGACAACAAUACGGUGCAGCUGCUGCAGGGUCACCGGAGCUACGUGAACCAGGUCAGCUGGGACCACGACGGGGAGUAUUUGGCGUCGUGCGGCGAUGACCACAUGUGCAUCAUGUGGAAGAGGAGGGAAGAUUACGGGAAGGGGGCGACGUUCUUUUUUGGGUCGGCGGUCGUGUCCGCCAAGUGGCAUCCGGACGAGUCGGGGAAGGUGCUGAUUGCGGAAAAGUCGGGGAUUGUGCAUUUGUACAAUGUUGACUCGAAGCUGGCGAUUUUGUCCGUGGAGUCUAGUAAGAACCCGUUGAAUUACGCGGAUUGGGCGCUGAACAACUCGGCGUUUGUGGUGGCCCUGGCGGGGGGUGAGCUCGUAUUUUGGGAUCUGAAGAAGCCGAGUCGUCCGGUGGAGAACAAGCGGAUCCACGAGGAUUGUGGCCACAUUGUCAAGUUUUCGCCGCACACGGAGUCGAUUGUGGCCAGCGUGGGCAGGCCGAGGACGACGUUGAAGGUGAUUCACGCCAAGAACCAGAUUCCCCAGAUUGAGGCCAAGCUGUCACUGUACGGUGGGCUGUGCUGGCACUACCAGCUGCCGUACGUGGUGGCCGGGCAGGACCGGAAGCUGUGCUUCUGGAAGAUUGCUGCGUGA